AUGGAACUGACCAAAUUCCUUGCCUUCCUGGCCGUCGUCCUCCCCGCCGCCUAUGGUGUGCCGACCCCAUCCGGCGAGCUGCACCCCAAGAUCCUCGAGGCCAUGAAGCGCGACCUGGGUCUCGACGCUGAGCAGGCCACGGCGCGCGUCGCCCGCGACCUCCAGGCCGCCGAGGUAAUUGAGCAGGUCCGCACCUCCGCCGGCGAGUCCUUUGCCGGCGCGUGGAUCGACGGCGAGGCUGGCCUGCAGAUUGGCAUCACCGACGAGGCGCUGGCCGGGCAGGUGACGGCCGCCGGCGCCACGCCCGUCGUCAUGGCCAACAGCCUGUCCAAGCUCGAGGAGGCCAAGGCCAACCUCGACAAGUUCUUCACCGACGAGACCAAGAAGCGGUCGGCGUCGGCCGAGGGCAUCGCGUCCUUCUUCGUCGACGAGGCUUCCAACAAGCUCGUGCUUGAGGUGCUCGCCGACAGCCGGGCGCACGCCGAGGAGCUGGCCGCGCAGGUUGGCCUCACCGCGGCUGAGUUUGAGAUCCGCACCGUCGACGAGAUGCCCACGAUCAUGGCCACGGUGCAGGGCGGUGACGCCUACUAUAUCAACAACCAGUUUCGGUGCUCCGUCGGCUUCUCCGUGACGACGGGCUUCGUCACCGCCGGCCACUGCGGCACCGUCGGCUCGUCGGCCACCAGCAGCGGCGGCCAGCCGCUGGGCACCUUUGCCGGCUCCAACUUUCCCGGCGCCGACAUGGCCUUUGUCCGCACGGUGAGUGGCACCGUCCUCCGAGGCGCUAUCAACGGCUACGGGCAGGGCAACUUACCCGUCUCAGGCAGCACUGAGGCUGCCGUCGGAGCCAGCGUCUGCCGCUCCGGCUCGACCACGCAGGUCCACUGCGGCACCAUCCGAGCCAAGGGCGCCACCGUCAACUACGCCGAGGGAUCCGUCACUGGCGUCACGCAGACCAACGUCUGCGCCCAGCAGGGUGAUUCGGGUGGUUCUUUCUACUCCGGUGCUCAGGCUCAGGGCGUCACCUCUGGAGGCAAUGGAGACUGCACCCGUGGUGGCACGACCUACUUCCAGCCUGUUAACCGAAUUCUCCAGACCUACGGUCUUACCCUGGUCCGAGGAUAA